AUUCUUCACUCUCACUCAAAAUUAACCACAAGCAUAAGCACAAGCACAAGCACAAGCACUUCUCUAAUUCCCUUUCACACUCUAUUACAGAUUUCACAAGUGCUUACACUUCAAAUGGCUUUGGAAGCUCUUCAAUCACCCACCACAGCCACUCCAUCGUUUAGUCCCUUUGAAGAAACCAGUCUCAGUUACUUAGAGACACCGUGGACGAAAGGAAAGCGUUCUAAGCGUAGCCGCACGGAGCAACAACUGCAACACCCUUCAUGCACCGAGGAAGAGUACCUCGCUCUUUGUCUCAUCAUGCUCGCUCGCGGCGGCGCCGGCAGUGUCUCCACCGCCAAACCCGCUGUCUCCGACAACAAUUCUGCGCCGCUAUCCGCCGCCAAACUGAGCUACAAAUGUUCGGUUUGCAACAAAGCCUUCUCCUCUUACCAAGCACUCGGAGGACACAAGGCCAGCCACCGGAAGCUCGCCGGAGAAAACCACCCGACCUCCUCCGCCGUGACGACGAGUUCGGCGUCGAACGGUGGUGGUAGGACCCACGAGUGCUCCAUCUGCCACAAGACGUUUUCGACAGGACAGGCCUUGGGAGGACACAAACGUUGUCACUACGAAGGCGGUAACAGCGCCGUAACCGCCUCUGAGGGAGUGGGGUCCACUCACACAGGAAGCCACCGCGAUUUCGAUCUCAACCUCCCGGCUUUUCCGGACUUCUCAGCAAGGUUCUUCGUCGAUGACGAGGUUACCAGUCCUCAUCCAUCCAAGAAGUCCCGUUUCAAUUUGACCAUACCCAAGAUUGAAAUCCCUCAAUACUGAUCCAUAGAUCCAAAAAAAUUAUUCAGUGUUUUUUUAUAUAUUUUUUUAAGUUAUUUGGGAUUAAUUUGUUCUUGUACAUAUAUAGUACUUGGGCCUUAUUCGCUAGUUUUAGCUUUUAGAUUGUAGUAUACUUUUGACAGUGGUGAUUCAAUUCAAUUCAUUUAUUUUUAUUUGUAAGAAUGAAAUCGAUGCCUCUCACUUUGCCUUUUAUCAUCAUAGCGUAGUAGUAUGAUUGAUCCAGAAGAAUAUGCCUCGGAAUGGAAUAGACAUCAUGAAACAGCAGAACCGCGUGAACGGUGCGGCAAGUUUGUUUUAGUUCA